AUGGGUUUCAAUGCUGUGUGGUCUCUACUACACAAGGACGGUUGGACGGCAAAGCCUGCAAUGGGGAAUCAGAUACACCAUAAUUAUCUGAAGUCCGGUCGAAAACUGAAGGGCGGCAAGCAAGGCAUUGACUUCUUCAAUGCAGAGGACGGGUUGUUGGUGUAUGUGCGUACUGACCAGGAGCUUUGCGAGCGUCUACACAUCUCCAAUGUGAUGGUAUUCCCCCUGCAUCAAGCGGUCCAGAAUACCCAUUCAGCUGACGGCCGGCCUCGCGGCAAACGAUUUGCACAUUCCGUGCCAACAGCAGAAGGCAAUACACAGCCAAAGCGUUCCAAGACACCCACAAAGAAAGCAGCAAGGAAGCCUUCAAAGAAGCCUACGAAGAAGCAACUUGUCAAGCCGGCAACGUGCUCUAGCCGCGUUUGA